AUGCUUCCAGUGAUGAUUGGGUCCCUUUUUCUGGGACAGGCCAAUUUCACGCUUCGCCAAUACCUUCAGGCGGCCGCAAUCAUCUCGGGAACAAGCAUCGUCUCUUUGGCAGAAGGACGAAGCAAGAAAUCUGGUGCAAGCACUCGUGCCGGCUUGCUUCUCAUCAUCGGCGCUUUAUUCUGCGACGGCGUGGUUGGAGGCGUCCAGAGAAGGUUGCAGGUGACGUGUCGAAAGGAAGAUAAGCAGGUUCGCCCUUAUGACCUUAUGUUCUGGACCAACCUCUACAUGGCAGUCACAUCUUGCCUGUUGGCUCUACGCUCCGAGCUUCGUGAGGGUGCCACCUUCUGCUUUGCGAAUCCAAGCUUCGCCCGUGAAGUUGUCAAAUUCUCUGCCUGUGGCGCCUUGGGCCAGGCCAGCAUCUUCUAUACCAUCGCAAACUUUGACAGUGUCGUCUGCGCUGCCGUCACUACGACGCGCAAGUUGCUGUCGGUGAUGAUUUCGGUGCUAGAAGGUGAUGGUCUUCCACCCAUGGGUUGGCUGGGGAUUGGUGUUUCAUCUAUGGGCAUCGCAGGUGAAGUGCUCUAG